GGCUAGCAGUUUAGUUCUUACUAGACAACCACCAAGUCAAAACCAAUUCAUUGAGGACUCUUGAAGUGUCAUCAAGGUUUGGUUUCGAAAGACUAAACGAUCUCGAGGUUUUGAUCUGGAAGUGAACAUUGCAAGGAAGAAAGUGCUAUAGCAUCUCAUUUUCUUCGGUUUGAUAGGACAAGAAGCCUUACAAGAUGGUCAUCAUUUCAAUAGGGGGGCUGAACGCCCGACUCGCCUUCGCCAUCGCUGCAGCUGCCUUCGGGUCCGCCUUUCAGCAUGGCUACAACCUCGGUGUUAUGAAUGCGCCGCUAGGGCUAAUCGAGGACUGGCUAAACCAAACGAGCGCCACCGAAAAUGAGGUGAACGACACUGCGUCCAACAGCACGCGGACAUACAUGGAUAAAAGCGAAACGACGAUGAUUGUGUCGAUUAUUGUUUCCAUCUACUGCGUGGGUGGCAUGGUCGGAGGUUCGCUCACGGGAUUCUUCGCUAAUAGGUGAGAAAAUGGGUG